AUGAUAGAUAAUGAAAGUAUCAUGGCAGCUGCAAUAAAUACAACUAUGAUUGCUUUAAUCGAUGCAGGAAUUCCAAUGAAAGAUCUCGUAGUAGCUGUUUCUUGCGUUAUAAAUAAAGAUGAUCAAUUAUUAUUGAAUCCUACAGCACAAGAAUGGAAAAUGUAA